AGGAAAAUGCCAAAACUAAAACCCUCAAUCUUAGCGUGCUUCUGUGGAGCAUCCACCACCACAGAAGCCGAGCAAGUAAUACCAGUAUCCGAACCAUGCACAUCGGCUCCUUACCCGACCCCGCCAGAGCCCUCCCCUACUCCGCCGCUUUCAUUUCUGCGUUCAACUUCCGUUCCGGACCCCUCCGUGGGGCAUCAGCAGGCGGAUGUGGAAGCGCUCUCCUUGCUGCAGCUACAAAGCGAGCUCGGUGGGUUGGAAGGAAGCUGGCUUGCACGAACGCGCGCGGCGCUUGCAGCCAUCGCUCUUGCAGUCGGCGCGAGUGAAGUGCGGCUGUACGGCACUUUAGCGCUCCCUGCUGACGUCGCCACCAGCAAGGCACAACAACCCAGCGAGCCGCCCCAACCUCGCUCCUUCAUCCUCAUGGCUGUCCUUAACACAGCCCAUGCAGCAGCCAGCAACACUGCCGCUAACAUCGAGCCGCCCACAGCCACAGCCGUCACCGCUACCACAGGUGUUAGAAGCAUCCUAAGCCGCAGCCAAGCCCAAGAAAGCACCAGCGCAGCUGCCCCCGCAUCGGCUGGAAUCCCGGGCCCUAUCCUCAGCCUUGCGCCCUGGAACGAGGACAACGAAACUGCCUGGGAUGGCGAAGCGGUUGAUGCCGGUGGCAGUCGUGGAGGCGACGGCGCCGCCUGCUCCUGGGGUUCAGGGAUACUGCUUGGGCAGGAGGUGUGGCCUGCGGAGGGCAGCGGCGCAGAAGCGGCUGCGGCGCACGAAGGCGGGCACAAGCAGGGGCAGCAGCAACAGCAGCAGCAGCAGCUGGAGUCAGUUGCGGCGAUGCUCGGGCGCAUGCUACAAACUCGGGCACCCGUGUUCUGUACCGCUCCCGCCCGCGCUGCCAAACAAGCAGCCGCCGCCGCCGCAACAGCCCAUCAAACCCUGCUCGUGACGGAUACAAGCGCCUCCUGCGCUGCAACGCUCAGCAAAACCAGCUCCUACAUUCAAGCCACCACCACGACCGCCGCCGCUGCGUCCUGCUAUUUCACGCAUCAUGCUUCGGGCAGUGCAACUGCUGCCAACCACCACAACCACCACCUCCGGAACCGGUUUGGGCAGGACAACAGCUCCUUGUCUGCCAGCAUGAUGGAAAGUGCUGGCAAGAUCAACGUACGCCAGGGGGGUGCAAAGGGUAUGGAAGGCGAGGAUGUGGUCGCGCUUCUGCCGCUGACGACAGGCAAACGCGUCACUGGAGCUCUUUGGAUUGCACGGUACGGCAACGGGGGUAACUGUGCGACAGAGGGUACUUCGGGAGCCCACGCUAUCAACACCGCCGCCUUUGCAACAACCAACAACAACAACGCUAACAAUAACGACAACGGCAGCAGCACCGGUAAGCACGACAAUGGCCAAAACACCACCAAGGCCGUCAUUUGUACUGCAGCCAAUGGCCCUGUGUCAACCGCAGCCGCCGCAUCAGCAGCAGAAGCUCAGGGCCCGUGUCCCUCUCUGCUCGUGCACCGCUCUGCGUUACAGCAGCUAGGAAUCUCCGUAUCCAUGUGUCUCAUGGGAGCGGCAGAUGCACCGUACGUUGCCACAUUCGCCCAAAGCCUACGACAGCUGGCCUCCGCCAGCUCCAUGCAGCAGUUAGUUGGCGGUUUGUGCGAUGCCGUAACUUCACAUGUACGACAGCGUUUCCUCCUCGACCCACGGGUCAUUGCGGCCUUGGUUCCCGAGCCGACCUCAACCGUUGGCCUUUUGUUCAGCUGGGGCGCCGCCGAUGCUGCGUCGGCGUCCGCCGCUGCAGCCGCAGCCGCCGCGAUUGCAUCCCGUGGCCAACCCAAGCUGCUCACACGCACAAUGACAUCAUCAAUGACGGCGACGACUAUGGCAGCUGCGAUCACAGCGUCGCACUACAGCAGCGAGGGCCGUCGAGAGGUUGGUGCUGACGCUAUUGUUACUGGCGGCGGCGGCGCCGCGGCGGGUGGUCGUUGUACGGCAGCCGGGCCCGUAGCGGCGCUGCUGGGUGAAGAAGUCGUACACAUCUUGGAUCGCGUCAAGUCAGAUACUCUCGCACGAACUGUACGGCAUGCUCCCGCCAUUGCCGGCUGUCGUACAGGGGCCGGUCGCAGCUGGAAUAUGGAGCGUGGAGACGUUCCCAUGGCUAGGCCGGUGGGCAAGUCAGGGAACGUGUCCCGAGUUGUUGCGUUGACUGCGACGAUGACCUCUGACGGCAUGGGGGCUGCGAUGGCUAUGGGGGGGGCCGCGGCUACGGCAACCGGAACCGGCGGCGGCGGCGGUGGCGGCGGCAGCACAGCCGCUACCUCAGGCAGCUGUAUCGCAUUGCGCGUAAAGCCGUUCCCGCUGGCUCAGACGCUCUUACGGCAUGUAAUUAAGAAGAGCGGCGGCUACGCCGCCGGCUGCAUGGAUUCUGGCAGCGUACUCGCGACGGCAACGGCCAUAACGACGGCGACUAUCGCGUCAGUGGCGGCGGCGGCGAUGGAUGCGGCGGCGGGGUCAAGCAUGUUCCGUACAAACGGCAGCAGUACGGCAGCGCCGCACAAGGCCCUGGCGGCGGUUGUAGAGGACGCCGCACUGCAUGUUCAGGACCCCAGGCAGCCCUCCCGGGACAUCCUCAUGCUGCUAUCAAACGCAGUUGCGGCCGGCGGCGGCGGCGGCCGGGGCGGUGGCGGCGGUGGACCGUCCUAUAACGGCCCCUCUUGGGGCGGCGGCGGCGGCGGAGUUGGAGGAGGGGGGUCAUUCGGAAGUGGAAGCCAGGGGAGCUCUUUCACUGUCGGCCGCCGCUGCGGGCUGACGUCCCUGCUGCUCCUGGUGUUACCCAUCGUUGACGGCAGUGGCGGCAGCGGCGGAGCAGGCGCAGGACUAGGAGGAAUGGAGUGCAACGGCAUGCUAGGGUUGUACGUCACGUUUGCGCAACGGCUGCCGCAGCAAUUGCUGCAAGAGGCUCAGAGCCACCUGGGCGAAGUGCUGGAGGCGCUGUCGCCCCUUGUGUCAUGGAAGAUGCUCCAGGAACUUUCUCUGGAGCUAGAGACCCUGACCACAGCGUCGCCUGGGUCCUACGCGGUGGUUGAGACGUCGCCUCCGCCGCCACCACCGCCCCUGCCGACAGCUGAAACCGCCGCGUCGUUCCUGCUUCCGCCGCCGUCGUCAUUCUCAUACUCGCCGAAGAAACCUGGCCGCCCCAGACCGUCUCCAAAACAGCUUUUGACGCAACAACAUCAACAACAACAGGCCCAAACCCGUGAGCUCAGCCUGCCACAGCUGCCCGCCAGCCUUGUCGGCGGCCUCUCCACUCGGCCUUCUGGAGACACCGCUGGCGGCGCCGCCGGCGAUCGAAUCGUCCCGGUUUACAGCACGUUGAUGCAGUCUAUGCUGUUUGAUAGCAACCGGCCUGCGGGAAGCAGUAUCACCACUGACAUUAUGAUAGAUACGAAUGGAGCUGGCGGCGCAGCCGGCGGCGGCACUGGCGGCGGCGGCGGCGACCUUGGCGGCGGCACGCUGACGUCGAUGAUGCUCAUGUCGGUGCGUUACAGCGGCGCUGUGGUGGCGGCGAUGGCAGCAGCGGGGGGCUCGAAUGCAGUCGGCAGUGGCGACGGCGGCGGUGGGCUGUACAACAAGAACACCAAUGUGAUAAUGAUGGAGGAGCUGGAUCCAGUCCACAACACACUAAGGGCGCAGAUGCCUUUAUUGGUGGCUUCGCUGCAAGACAAAAUCAACAGCGCUAAAGCGGAGACAGCAGCCGCUGCCGCCGCGGCAACUGCAGCAGCUACAGCAGCAGCAGCAGCAGCGGCGGCGGCUGUACACCCGACCAACGGCAGGGCCCCCACCGUCGGCAGCAGCUCACUCCUCGCCUCCGCCUCCUCCUACUCCUCUCUUUCCCCACGCCACUCCAACCUCCAUCCCCAAUCACAACACCAACGACAGCAGCAUCAGCAGGUGGAUCCCUUCCUAGGCGACUUAGCGCUGUUGGAGCUCAGAAGCCAGCUGGGCCACGGCGGUUGUGCGGUCGUAUUCAAGGGCACGUUGGGGACCCUGGACUGCGCCAUAAAGCUAAUGGAGAUGCCCGAGAUCAACGACACCCUGGACCUAGACGAGUUGUUACUGGAAGCCACAUCAGCGGCCGUACCAACCACCACCACCAACAACCCCUUCAGCAGCGGCGGCAGCGGCGGAGCACCUCCCACAGGAAGCCCACAUGAUGACGCAACAGGCGGUGGCACAAACACUGCUGCUGCUUCCAAAGCUGUAGCUGCUGCCAAUGGUGGUAGUAAAGACGCUGACGAUGUCGGCGGCAGUGCUAACGGCGGAGGAGCUGCAAGUAGUGUUAGCAGCGCUGCUGCUGCCGAUGGUGGUGGUGACGGUGCCGCUGCUAGCAACGAGGUUCAGAAGCAGCUGGGGGCGCGGCGGGCGCUGCUGCGCAAUGCCAUGGAGCUGGCGAUCAUGAGCUGCAUCAGCCACCCAAACAUUAUGCAGGUGUACAGUACCUUCAGCAACGUCACGCUGCUGAGGAAGGUGAUGCCAGACGGCUCGCAGCGUUUCCAGCUGACCCCCGCGAAGCCGGGAGCAGAUGAGGAUCCAGAAGCGCCGCCAGUUUGUGUGGCGCUUGUGUGCGAGUGGUGCGACCAGGGCUGCCUCGCAUCCGCCUUGCAGCGCCGUACGUUUCCAACAUUGUUACCGGCAGCGCUCAAAGGCAGCAGCGGUAGCAGCAACAUGCAUGGAGGUCUCAUCCUGAGCAACGGCGGCAGCGGCAGCAAGCAACACGUGUUGGAUUACAAGGGCAUCCUGAUGACGCUGCUGGACGUGGCCAUGGCUCUCCGCCACCUGCACUCCCACAACCUGGUGCACAGGGACGUCAAGCCGGCUAACGUGCUCCUCAGGAGCAACGCCACCGACCCACGGGGCUUCACCGCAAAACUCGCAGACUUCGGCUUUGCCACGUUGCUUAAUCAGCCCGGAGACGAAAGGAGCGGUGGACAGCCGUUCGUCUAUGUGGAUGAGAGUUGCGGCACGGUCACUCACAUGGCUCCCGAGUCCUGGUCCAAACCCUGCCGCUUGGAUGCAAGCUGCGAUGUCUACAGCUUUGGCAUCCUCAUGUGGGAGCUCACAGCGGGUGGCCUGCGCCCCUAUCCCGAGCAGACGCAGCCCGGCAACAUUCCGCGCAUUGUGCGGAAAGGUGCUCGACCGACCUUUGACGAGAGCGUGCCCCUGCAGUACAGGCUGCUUGCCCAGCGCUGCUGGUCAGCCGAGCCCGGCCACCGGCCUCGCGCCUACGAGCUCGUAACGACCAUCAGUCAGCUCCUUGCCAAAUGGACUUAAGGUGGACCCGGCAGGUAGGUGUGAGAGUGCACCGUCAUGGCCGAACCGCUCCUUGCUUGCCAAGCAAGAUGGAUGGAGCAGAAAUGGAUCCAGCAGCUUGAGGCGAAGACGUUUGGUUGGGACUGGGUGGGUGCGGGUUUUCUUUCCGAUGUGGACUGUUACAGAGGGUGACGAUGACGACGCAGGAGAACAAACAAGGGAGGGAGAACUGCGAGCCUAGGUUUAUGGUCCGUAGCGGUGAAGUACGGGCUGUUGUGUUAUGAGCUGUAUUAUGGUAUUUGAGCCCAUAGCGGAUCAGGAGCAUCGGACGGGGGCGUGGGAUGGACAAGAAUGGUGGCAUCAAAACGUCGUGAUAAAGGUGUUUUUUAUGCACGGGGUUGCGGCACGCUGACACAUGGGGGAGGGAUGUAGCUGGGAAAAAAGGGUAGCGGGGUUAAUUUUUGAACAGUUAAACCAAUUCCCUGCUAGAUUCUACUUACUUCUGCCUACAAGCGCUAAUAUGUGCCUGCGAAUAUUUAGUAAAUAUGGUUUUGUGUCGGAAAGAGGGAAUGGGCGGAGGUGGCUGGGUGGUGGGAAUCAGUGCUUUAAUCAAUUGCCAAAACAAGAAACUCCACUUUUAUAAACCUUGGGUAGGUAAUGAAUAAUUGCAAAUUCGGUUGGGAACCAAGGUAUUUGCUGCUUUGCCGUUUCUGCCUCUUCUUGGCUUUUUGUGCACACACGGAUGGAUACCGGUACACGCGCACAGUGCGUGCAUGUAUGGUUGCACACACAUCAUAGGUUGUCAAACCUCGCAAGUGUUCGUCUGUCUGUCUGGCUGGUGUUACAGGUCGCCAGUAAUAAUACAACGCACGUAUUUGCUUGCUUAGCUAGCUAGCUCCGCUUGUUUGUGGUGGCGGAUUGCCCGCCUUGCUUGAACGCUGCCUCCGAGACAUGUUUUGUGGUGAUUUCCUUCAAUCGGCAUGCUGUACGACUUUGGCUCGUGUGCAUGUACGGCAUGUGGCACGUCUGCGGCUGGAUUGGUUUCUCAAUCUGAGGCUGGACGUGUUGUCUGCUGCUCUUAUUCCCUACCUCUGGUAAGGGCAUACAGCUGCCUCCCACGGUCACGAGCAUGGUACGUUGUACCGGUUUGGUGCUACGGUAAAAAGGAUUCCUGUGAUGGCUCCGUAUCGCGAAUGCCUUGCUUGCAUUAUUUUGUUUGGGUGUCAUGUGCGUUGGUUGUCUGGAUGGUGGUCGGCGAUUAUUAACUGCUGGAAAUGCUGGUGGUGGUGGAGUGGAAGGUCGAGGUGGCGUCCGCACGAGAACUGUUUUGUUGUGUUGGGGGUUGUAUUGUUUUGUUGUCUCUUUGCGAGUGUGUACUACGUCCAGGGGAGCUACGGAGUUGUAUUAUUAUCAGUAUGGUAUUAUGAGCGGGUGUGUGUGGUUCGUGCGACCCAUGGGUCAUCUAGUACUGUGAAGAACAGGAGGGUUUCCCUGCAAGCAAGGGGCGGUUCUUGUGCUAUAACCGCAGCCCUAGACAGGGCCGAUGCAGCGGCAGCCAAUUUUGCAUGUUCGGACUGGCCGGAGUCGUUUGCUUUGGUGGCAAUGGGUAUGCGCGUGUAUGGGGCAGCAGAAAGACUGUGUAUGGAGUUUUAGCGAUGGUGGCCUAGCCGAUCACUUUUCCUCCAGUGAGGGGCGCAUGUGGGAGUGGAGGGGGCCGAACGGCGGGGCAGAAUGUGCGUUUUCGGGUGUUACAGGAUGUCUUUGUUCCUAUGUAGGCAUCGAAUUGAGGUGUGGGCGUAAACAUGCAUUACCUGUCGUGCUAAGCUACAGGCAGACAUGAAAACCGUCAGUUAUUGAUGGGGGGAGUUAAGACAGAAUACGAGGGAAGCAUUUGUGAACCGAGCACCCUAGCGCUAUACUUGCCUGAAGAGAGGAGUGUACGACAAGAAUGAAGCUGAUUGUACGACAGGACCCCAGAGUUGUACGACGUAAGCGACUGACGAGCACGCCAUUGCGGGUGCAAAUGUCCCUUGCGACCCCAGCUAAAUUGGCGCGGUUUGGUGAGUCGAGGAGUGUGACCGGAUUGCGCGAGCAUCCUACACGAGUAUGACGUCUAUCUGGGAGUGAUGGUAGGCAUCCUAUCUCUGGGCUGUAGAAGGCUUGUGUACGGCACGUUCAUAUUCGUAGUAUUCGUGUUUUGGUUGUGCUGCCAAACAUGUGUCCUGAUUCAUGCAGCGUUCCAUGGGCAUACAACGUCCUAGGGAACCUGGAGCACCUGUCGUUGUGCAUAUUUGACCGGGAUCGAUGAUAAACAUUCGUACCGCAUUGCUUUGUACGGUAUCUGAUUUCCCCGGGGAGAGAUGCUACGAUCGCUAGAGCAUAGUAAGGAACAACCGACAUGGCGGGGGGGAGACGGCAGCUUGGUUCAACCUAGGCGGCGGGGUCUAUCUGCAGCUAUCUGUUUGGUUGCUGUGUACUAGGUGUGAGUGCGCCUUCCUUUGGUUUUAAAGAGGCCCUUGAC